AUGGCUCUUAAUGGGAUGCUCCCGACCUCAGACUAUGCGGAGGACCAACCACUUUAUCACUUCAUCCUUACCACACAUGUCGUACAUAGAGUUCUUCCAAUUGGAGCCUUCAUUUCAUCUGCCAUUCCACUGGCAUCCACUUUCAUACUCCGUCGGGCAGCAGUGCAUCCUCUCACAGUGCUUCUGCUGAGAUCAAAUUCUACGGGUGCCCUUGUGUCACUGGGAUUAGGUGGUGCAAUGACCCUCGGCAGGAUGUGGGGCAGGGCAGAUAUCGAAUGGAAAGAUCGCAGUUGGAGGCUAUUGAGGAAUACUGGCCAAGCCCAACUUGACGACUUUUCCGCGGCUGGAUUGGUGGCUGGCGCCUUGCUCGGAGCCGCGGGGAGGGGCCCACUGCCGCUUUGGAGGGGUGCGGUUGGAGGUGCAGGGCUCGGGACUUUGGCUGGGACCGUGGCUUUUGUGGUUUGGAAAUCGACAUUGGGGAAGAAGAACGAGCAAUAA